GUCUUCCCCGGAUAACUGAGCAGGCACGUAACAGAACGAACGAAACAAAUAUUUUCCGCGGAGAAUCUGUUCUCUCUCUACCUCUUCAACCAUGUCUUUCACCGGCAUCGUCUCGCUCUUUCUCCUCCUGUCGCAUUUCUCCACGUCAUCAACCACCGCCGUCAGUGAUGAUUUAACAGCGUACGAGAUCCUCCAGGACUACGAUCUCCCCUCCGGAAUUCUUCCGAAGGGGGCCACAGGCUACCAAGUAGACCGAAACACAGGUAGAUUCCACGCUUAUCUGAGUGGUUCGUGCAGCUUUUCUCUUGAGGGCUCUUAUGAGUUGAGUUACAAGUCCACGAUCAGUGGCUAUAUUUCCAAGGGCAGGCUCACGCAGAUUAGCGGCGUAAGCGUGAAGGUUCUCUUUUUCUGGCUCAACAUUGUGGAGGUGGUCAGGAGUGGAGACGAGAUGGAGUUCUCGGUAGGGAUCGCGUCUGCGAACUUCCCGAUUGACAAUUUCUACGAAUCUCCGCAGUGUGGCUGCGGAUUGGAUUGCAAUAAUGCGCAAGUAAGCAAGCUGAGAACCGAAUCCUUUGUUUCUUCAAUUUAGGGAAUUGCGAUUGAAAUGUUGGGAUGCGCUCAAUUUGGGAUUAAUUUCGAAUCUUGCUUUAUCUCCUUAUAGUGCUGAAAGUUUAUAUAAUGUGACUAGUUUAACAUAUGUUGAAAUAUAUGUGAUUUGUGAUGGUUUAUUUA